CUGCACAGAUUGCGCUCCUGCACCUUGUCUUUUCUUGCAUUGAAAUUUUAGCGCCUAGUACAAUUUGUGCUUUCAUUAUCUUAUUAAUGCCCAAGUUUCCCUAGGGAAGCUCGUUAUGUGCGUUGUAUUGAUUCGAGCUCGCGUCAAUAUAUAUUUGUACAUUUUGGGGUUGUUGAUCGAGUUGUUUUCUUUCCAUCGCCUGGAAUUCACCCGCCAGCAUUCCUUACCAAGAUGGGAAGUCCAAUACAGUCCAGAUUCUUCUCCGAGGAUUUUUCUAUCGAUAAAGAACGCACAACAGUACUUCUUCGAGACGACGCGACUUCCGGCUGGCUUCUAUCAUCGCCUUACACAACAACACAUUCGAAAAUGCAGCUCACCAAACAUCGUCAACAAUCCGUAUCGCCUUGCUCUCAUUCUCCGUCAAGCAUGAGAGAGCUAGACUUCCAACGCCGCGCCGCUGCAUGCCGACAAACGUCGAUAGAACUUCAACAUCGCUGUUCCAUCUCUUCCGAGAUAUCUGAUCCUGGUCUAACAGAAAGUGACCCAUUCGCAUCGACUUCGCCACACUCAGAUGCAUCAUUCGAAGACAUCUAUAACCGCCAUCCGCCUCCCGUCAAUCGUGAAGCCGAAGAGAAAAUUUGGGGAGAGUACUUCAUAGAUCCGUCAUCUCCAGUCAAAGGAUCAUUGCUCGACGAUCCACUCUACCACAAUUUGUCAUCAGUGUUUUCUUCUUACGCACCUACAGAGGUGCACCUGUCACCUCGAUGCCGAAGCCCCAACAGUCCUGCAGGCGAUCUUCAUCGAUCAGACGCAGUGCGCGCAUCGCGCGAUCGCACUCGCCACGUCCAUCUUCCCCGACCUGUACCACAAUACACGCCCUUCCCGGUUCCUCAACUCUCUGAGGAUCCCUCCCCAGCGCACCAAUCAUGGCCUCAACGCAACGAAUCCCGAACAAAACAACCUUCACGACCACGCGCCAAGACAGCACCAUCUCAAGACAGACCAAUCCGCCCAUCGAACCUUAUCAAUGUCUGUGUUAUCGCUAACAACGAUAUUCAAUACAUUCCCACAAAAUCAAGUCUUCUUCAUGGACACCGCUCAGCACCCCCAACACCCAUGGUUCUUCCCGACCUCCUGGAACAAUACAAGUCUCACUUCGACGAAGACGAUGACGAGGAACAUAAAUCCCGCUUCGAUUCCUUCAAAAGCCGACUCCGCAGCGGCAGUCGCCGCGGCAGCUCCAACACCGGUGGUAGCUGGAGCAAGAAAUCCAGUCUGGAAAAGCGAAAGAAAGGCUCGAGUUUCAGUGAGCUCAAGGACGCGUUGAAGAGUUGCUUUGGGAAGACCAAAUGAUUGGUUGUGUGGACGUCUUGUAACGAUUUAUGAUAUGAUGGUACGAUU